ACCACCUUCACCACCUUCACAUCUCCUCAGCUCCAAUACCGAUGUAUCGCCGCACAAGUUAACACCAUGGAUCCGAUCUUCCCCGCCAACACCCCCGAAGGCUUCGCCUACACUCCUGCCUUCGUCCUCCAGCCAGGGACCCGUAUAAAACCCCUCGGCCUCAUAUCGCCCAAGCGAGAUGGCACCGUCCGCUCUUCAAUAGCCGAUCAAACGCGCGACUGCUUGCUAAACCUCUCUGAUGCUCUGUCUGAGCAUGGACCUAGCGCAAGAGCUGUCAAACUCGUCCGCUUCAUGACAGACGUGCGUGAAAUAUGGUCCAGCCAGCCGGAGUUCGACCAACAUUUCGGAUCCGAUCUCCCGACCAGCACGCUGAUUGAGGUUCCUGUCUGUUCCGAAUUUGGAUUCCGCGUUGAACUCGACGUGUGGGCGGCAGUUCCCGACUCUCAUGAGCGUCGUUCGAAAUCCCCCGGUUUUCUGGGCUUUGCCAAUGCGAGUGCCGGCCUUGCUGCCGGAAAGGGCGCGGCGGCGGAGUUCAACGCCGCGAUCGAUGCUAUCACCAAUCGCGUAUCUGCAGUAGGUGGUUCGGGCCGUGUUGUCAAGCUGGAGGUAUACCUAUCCGACAUGCGAGUGUGGCCUAUCUGCCAGGACGUUGUUAGAUCGCGAUACCCGACUCGCCCUCCUGUUGUCGUGCCUAUUUCUGCCCCCAAGGUUCUUGAAGAAGGCUCUUGCAUCAAUGUGGAGGCCACAUUUGAAUUGCCGUCGGUGACUGAGGGCACGUCUGACAUUUCCCGAGUGACCUUCGAUAAGCGGAUAGUUGCAAUUUCAGGGCAGCCGGCGAUUCCUGUUUUUGUCGGCGGCAAGGCGCGGGAUACGUAUAAGCACAGGCCCGAAGCCUCUGCGGCUGAGCAAACGGUCGUCGCGCUGAGGAACCUCGAACAUAUCCUCGCGGCCGCAGGAUCUGACUGGGACAAUGUCUUCAAGACAACAUGGUAUGUUAUGGAUCUUCGGGAGUGGCCAGAGAUCCAACAAGCAGCCUACGCUGUUAUGGGUCAGCCUCCCCCGAGUCCAACUGUGCUUGAGGUCUCGAAGCUGGUGGCACCGGCUGUCCGUGUUGAACCUGAUAUUUGGGCAGUUGUCAAGUCUGAUAGCUGAAUUGAUUUGAUACAGUCAAUAUAGUCUUUGUUGGUUGGACAUCCUGCUUUCGGCACCGCCCACCAACAACCUGAACCCUCGUCGUUUACUGCCCUGACAUUUCUAGAUCUCGAACUACAUGUAUGGUCAGGGAGUAUAUAUUCCAAAUCAUCAAAUAACAAAGGUAUACACCGCUAUUCAUCACGGAAUGUAAAAGAUGGGACAAUACUGGUCCCCAGGAGCACCGGGGCGAGUGUCGAUAUAAAAAUAUUACAUAUUAACCCUACGUAGCUCUCUAAUAAUUUAUUAAAAAGCCUUAACUUAUGAGAUCAAGCCGAUCUUCUCAAGAU